AUGUCACUCAAGCGCCUCAAGCCGAUCACCAUUAAGCGCAACUCGUCGCUCCCUGACGGUUACCAGCUCUUCCCUAUUGCCGACAGAUGGGCUGAGAUGCUGCCGGACCGUGUCCCGCUCCAGUUCGCGCUCUUUCGCUACUUGGGUUUCUACGUCGCGUCGACGAAGAAUGGCAAGUCGACCGUUGUCAAGUCCCGUGCAGUCGCAGCGCUGCGUGUGACGAUCCAGAACGAUGGCAAAGUGGUGUUUAAUGAGAGAGUGGGUACGGCCUUCCCCAAUGGCGUUUACUACGUCCAAGACAUUCGUCUUGACAACGCUGGAGUGCACACUGUAUGCGUGACCGUGGAGGGAGGACUGGCCGACGACUUGGCGCCGCUCGUGCUCAAGACGCACGUGUUUGAGUUCAUGGAACUGCACGAGUGUCCCGAGUUAGCGAAAGGAGCUUACCAACCGCUGCGGGAGUUUGUGCUCACUUGCAUCCAGAAUGGAGAGCAGGAGAAGUUGCGGGAGGACGCGUUUGUUGAGACGUAUGUCCAGACAAAGAAGCACGCGAUACGCAAUAUGGAUGCACGGUGGUGGCUCAAAGCGUUUGUUGAACACGCUCUCGAUCGUGAAGAACGUCUGCGGCUUCUGCAGAUUCAUGCAGCAGUACACUCAUGUCGAAGUACACAUAAGCGCAAGCAGGAUCGACCACGCCGCACAGCGGACAAGAAGGAGCACGACAAUUUAUUCGCCCGUCGGAAACGUGACUGGAAGCGCGUGCGCGCAGGAGAAGUGCUCAUGUUCACGACGGAGCCACUGCACGCGGGAGCGACUACAAUCAUCUUCAGCAGCAAAGAAAUGUUCCGCCAACUGAGUCUCUACGCUCAAGUCUGA